AUGAGGACUCAUAUUAUCACUGGCAGUCGGAGCCCUGAACGCUCACUCUUUGAUAAAGAUUGUGCGCUGUUCUCAGCACCUCUGCAAAAAGUGAGCUUCAUCCUCAAAGCGAGGAAGUUGAAAAGAAACGGAACUUUAGCAACUGUUGAGCCAGCGGACGCUAAUUUGGCAAAGGAAAUCACGGUUGAUCGCAAAAGCACGUUACAGACAUAUGCUGUUGACAAAACUGAAGGAAAAGAGGAGACUGAAGAACAGUUUGUUACCACACGCUUAGCAUUGGACUAUGGUGACAUGGCAGAGGAAGCGUUCGUGACCAGGCGUGCUGCUCCGUUAAAGUUAUUAGGAAAACCCGCUAAGUAUGUCUUCUUUCACAUUCGAAAUAAAAUCCUUAUUGAGAGUACGAGGGAGAUAGGAGAAGAGGAGGGAGGAGGUGCGGCAUAA